AUGAUACAGCGAUCUCGCUUUUCUUUAGUGCCUCAAACAAGACCUGAAAAUGUUUUCGAUCAGCCCCAACGUUUUAAUGGCGGUCACGGCAGAGGUGUUCCUCGUAUGCCUUUUCGUCAAUCUAGUCGAGGCAUCCCUUUCCAGCCUAUGCCUAGCGACACGCAUUUCAAUCCGUAUGCUGCUCCAUUCGUUCCAGGAGUGGGCGUCGUCCCCAAUCCAGAAGUAGGAAACAAUGUCUCCUCUAUUCCACGAAGCUUUAAUGGUCGCGGAAGACAGCGUCAGUCUGUUGCUAACGUGCAACAAAUGCCUGCUUCAUUUAUACGCGGAGUGCCCCGAGAUGAUAACUUUGGGAACAUCAAGCACCAGUAUCGUAAACCCCAGCAAUAUGGAAUAGCUGGGGUUAACCCAACCCGUGGCAAU